CGAAUUUUGCGCUCUCCAGUAAUCACCCAAUUCCAACAUCAUCACCAAUAGGCAUUGGCCCAUCGAAAGCCCUCUCUCUCUCCCAACCCAGGGAGAUAUGAGCUCUUCGCCGCACCGGUCUCGGGAUGGCAGUAGCACCAGCGGUGGGGAGGGGAGACCGAGAUUCUUCGAUCACAAUGCCAAAAAGAUAUGCUGGGCUAACGCCGAAACAGUACCUGGUCGACACCCUGAGAGGUGGCGUAAAGACGCUGCUGGCAACAUCGUUUGCAAGCGCUUGUGCAAUUGCCAUGGCUGCCUCUGCUUCCAAUACGACCACAUCGUACCCUUCUCCAAAGGCGGUGAAUCUACAGCUGAAAAUUGUCAAAUACUUCAAACAAGGGUCAAUAAUUAUAAGUCGGAUAAAGAGGAGGUGGACAAAACUCAAUUGAAAGGUUACUCGUGUGACCUAAAGUUCACUGGUUUACAUCUGCCCAUUUGGCUUGGAGUAAUCUUAUCAGUAAGGGAUGAUGUUUGGAACCCAUCUGAUGUAGGACACAAAGAAUACUCAAAAGGGAAGAGAAAUAAAUCUCAAAUUUUCUAUUAAGUCUUAAUUGUUAAUGCAACAACAACUAAACCUUAAUCCCAAACAUUAAGUCUCAAUUGUCAAUAAUAAUCACAAUAAGCUGUCUAGGAAAAUACUUUUUCGUAAACUAACAACAAAUCCUACAACUACUGUAAAUAUGAAUUCCAAAAGAAGAAAAACAUUAAACCAAUCUAAGUAGGAAUAUAAAAUCAACACUACCUAGGAAACUCUAGACAAUAGAAUUCCUGAAUAAUUAAAAUAUCACUUCCUAAUUAAAUUUUCUAAAUAAUAAAGCCUAAACUUUCUAAUUAUAAUAUAAAAUCUGACUAAAGAUCUUAAUUUUACAAUUAAAAGUAAAUAAAAAUAAUUUUUACAUCUAGUAUUCCUUGACUGCAUCACCAUUUCACUUUAAGGCGCUCACACGUUGGGGCAGUACUGUAUCUUGUACGUAUACUAAAAUUCUAGUUCUCACCCCCAUUUUUAUGUGUCUUAGAUUAGAAUUGCUCUCUCGGUCUCUUGUUAAUUGGAAGAACUAGUGCCUUCAUGCAGGAACUGGUAGAGGGAUAGGUCAUGGAAGGUCCAUUACUGGAUAAAAUAAACUGUAUUCUUUGUUUUCUUGGGGAUCUUCUAACCAAAUCUUUCAGCUUUUAUAUGUCUCAUUCUAUGAUCCUUUACACAGUAAGUCAACUUCAAAUCUUUUGCUAGUACUUGUUGAAAUUUUUGGGUAUUCCCUAUUUCAACACACAUAUUCCUUUUACUUUAUUUUUAUGCAGUUGAUUUACUCAUUCAAAGUAAAUAGUCUAGGAAAAACUCAUAAUUAACUGUUCGUUUGUUUCUAGAUCCUUUCAGGAUGCCCCUCUAAACAUUCUCAGUUCUGUGGAUCUAAAUUUCAGUCAUCUUAUUUUAGAAUGCUUUUAGAUGUUCAAUAAGUUUCAUGUAAUUUUGGAUAAGAAAUAGAUCUUUGUUUCUGUUCAAUGAAGAUGAUAAACCUGAUCAUGAUAGAACUUGCAGGCAAUCAGCAUCCUCCUGAUGAUCAGGUUUGUCAUCUUUAUUAAAUAGGCUCAGGGCUAAGGUCUUAUUACUUUAGCCAGGCUGGAGGACUUUCUACUUUUAAAGUUCCUUUUAUAUUUUUUUUCUGUAAUUUGGAUAGACAUGCACAUCUUAUUGUUUUAAGUAGAACCCUGUUCAUUUCUGGCACGUGUUUAACAGUUCAAGCAACAGUCCUUAGUUUGAGAAAAUUUUCAGUUCAUAAUUUGUCCGGGAGUUCUUUGUUCCUUCUAUUAUCUGUCUUCUUAGCAUUCUAUUAUUCUCCUUAAGUUUGAAACAGAAGAAAUUUUCUAUCUAGUGCAUCAAGUACAUUGCAUAAUUGGUAAUACUGAAUAUUUUCUGGCUCCGUUUGCAGCCUAAAAUAGAUGAAAAGUAUUCCUUUAUAUAGACAGUGAAAUGGAUGAAAAGUUGAAGUAGAAUUUAUGAAGUAGAUAAUGAGUUGUUUGUCUCUAUAUCAAUUUUCAAAUAUGAAAAUUCUAAUGUUACAGCCAAAUUUGACAUAUGGCUGCUGAUGCAUUAUGUUAAAACCCAAAUGUAGCCAAUGAUAUGUCGCAUCAAGAGUAUAACUAUUAAAAUUCUGUUGAAUUUUUCUGUUGUAUUGCUUUCACCUUUCAAUCAUCAUGUGAGAAUCAGAAAGAAUGGCGCUACUUCUUAUCUUCUUCCCUUAUCCAGCAUUAUUUUUAGUCUGUUAGGGUGAUCAUCAGAUGCAUUUACGAGAUACUUGGAAGCUAUAAAAGCUUGAGACUGUUCAUAUUAUUUUGUCCUUUAUGUUCUGUCGAAAUAUAAAUGCUUGAGACUGUUUACCUCAUUUUGUCAUUUAUGUUCUGUCCAAAUCAUUAGAGAAAUAGCUAGUUGGCUACAUAUUUGUCAUGAGAACUUUCCUUUUUCUUAUUCUGAUAAAUUCUAUGCGUACGUAUAAAGUGAUUAUACCCCUAAUUCAAAGAGUGAAUUUAUGGUGCGCACUGCUAAAAAUGAAUUUCUGCAUUUUUUAAAAUUGAGUUGUAUUCAAAGGUUCUUGUGUCACUUUCGACCUUUGAGAUACACCAGGUGUGCCAGACUACCAGUGUGUCUUGGGUUAUUUGUCUUAAUAGAAACAAGCAAUUGCAGAAGUAUGAAAGGUUGAACACGAUAGUGUUGGUAGGAUGUCUCAACUGAAGGCUUUUUCCGGCCCUGUCAAGUAUUCACGUUUGGCCUGCAGCCUCUUGCUGCUUCUGCCCAAAAGGGCAGCUCUCAUCUUACCUGCAACAUCAUUCUUUCAAAAUGGUGAUCUUGCUGUGUGCUAUGUGUUUGUAUCUUUGCCCUUCUGACACCUCGACUGAUGAUCAGAACAUCAUGUGUUCAAAACUUGCAGACAAGGAGCUUGACAUAAUUGAAAUGGCUGUUUACGGGAAUGUGAUUCGCCCUGGAAACCAGUGUCGAUGCAGAACUGUUGCUGAAAUGCUUGGCCAAUACAAGUCAAAAGAUAGUGCUGCUGCUUGCAAAUUGCCAUACAGUGAGGAAUCGCUAUAGCAUCAAGCAUCAAAAAGGAAAUUCACUGCAAUAAAUUGGAUGUUGUAUUCUAUGAAUUUUUUUUUUUUAAAUUCAUGAAUCUUACCGAGAUCAUAUGACACCUUCAUAUGCAGCUGACACAGGCAUUUCCAUCGACUGAAAUGGUAUCCCUUAAGUUCAGAGAAAAAAAAAUGCAGCAUUUGAAACAUUUAAGCCCAAUUGUGAAAUAUUCAUAACAAAACAGCGAAAUCACCCUGGGCUGUGUCUUAACUUUGUAACGCAGGCCAUGGUGGGUUAGUGAAGAUGGGAGAAAUUGGGUUUACUUGCAUAUUUUGCAGACUAUUAUCAGUUGUAAGCCUCAAUGAGAAUGGUACCAAAAGUUUUUUAUUUUUA